AUGAAUACCGACACUGAAUUCCUAUUCGAAGACCUUACUCACAAUGGAAGUACUAAUUAUCCGUGGUCUGGAGGCACACCACAAUCUAUACCAACUGGUUACUGUCUCCAUCAUUCAGGCCCUCAUGAUUCCAAUGUUCUGCAUAGUCCGUAA